AUGAAGACCUCUGAUAUCCUCCUUCACUUGAGUGCUGCUUUCGGCGCCUCUGCCGCAUCCAUUGGGGGUUUACAAAUCCACGAGAGGGCUUCAAGCUGGAAAGUUGGCCAAACGGUGCAAACGAGCAGCGGUCCAGUUUCCGGCCAUGCUGCCACUAAUAGUAAAAACAACUCGGGGGUCUCAGAAUAUCUAGGUAUUCCUUUUGCACAACCUCCAGUUGGGGACCUGCGGUUUGCUGCUCCGGUCAAGUAUGCGGGCAAUUCCAGUAUCAAUGGCACAUCCUUCGGCCCAUCGUGUCCAGUGAGGAAGUCCAAUUCCAGCUCAAUCCCCUCCGCAGAUGUUCUUGAGGCUGCAAACCUUACCGUGGCUGGCCUCGCCAUGAACACCAUCUUCAGCGAUUUGACACCCAAUUACAGCGAAGAUUGCUUAUAUGUAAACGUAUGGACGAAGCCACAGACAGGAGACACGAAGAAGGCAGUUCUGGUUUGGAUAUAUGGAGGCGGCUUUAGCAGUGGGAGCACGUCGUACGAAGGAUAUAACGGAGCAAGCAUUGUGGAGCAGGAAGAUGUUGUGGUGGUCUCUCUGAACUAUCGCUUGAGUAUUCUGGGCUUCCCGGGGAAUCCCACUAGCACAAAUAACCUCGCUCUUUUGGAUCAAAGGCUUGCGAUAGAAUGGGUUAGGGAUAACAUUGAGAAUUUUGGAGGUGACAAGUCGCGAAUUACACUCUUCGGCCAGUCAGCUGGAGGCGCUUCUGUCGAUUACUAUUCUUAUGCAUGGAAUUCGGAUCCAAUUGCUGCUGGAUUCAUCCCGGAGUCUGGCACGGUCUUCAGUUGGGGUCUACCAAACGCAAAGUCCGUGAGUGCUGUGGCUUGGUUCAACGUUACGACAAAGCUAGGAUGUGGCAAUGCCUCGUCUGACGCCGCAUCAGUCCUUUCUUGUAUGCGUUCAAAGGAUUAUGCUUCGAUCUUGAGCGCAAUACCUUCCGCAACUGGCACCACCGCAAUCUUAGGCUUCUUCGGGCCCACGGUCGAUGACACGGUCGUAUUCUCCAACUAUACAGACCGAACCCCAGCAAAGGUUCCUGUCCUUGUUGGCAGCAACAACUAUGAAAGCGGCUACUUUAGGACACAAUUUGCUCUGGCUGGCAUAACCUACCCAGAUGUGUUUUGGGAUAUUUUCAACCUCCAGGAAUUUACCUGUCCGACAGGUCUCCGCGCCAACGCCAGCGUAUCUUCUGGAAAUCCAACCUGGCGCUAUCGCUACUUUGGUGUUUUCCCCAACACUGCAAUAUCGUCCGAGGCCGGUGCAUACCAUUCUGCCGAGCUCCCUAUUCUUUUCGAUACUGCACCCACAAUUCCAGCCAAUACGCCCGAAGAGGUGUCGAUUGGACAAUACAUGCGUGGUGCCUGGGCUGCUUUUGCGAAGGACCCGGCAGAAGGAUUAACAAAGUAUGGCUGGCCGUCCUAUAACGCUUCGGGGGAUACUUUGAUCAGACUGGCAUAUGACAAUGUUACCGGCACAAAUGCUGUUAACCCGUCCCUGUAUGAUGCCAAUUGCAAAUACGUUAACGUAUCAAAUACGGAUCCAAAUGCAUACACUGGACUAGCGACAGCUAUUCCUACAGCCACUGCCACGAAUAUCCCCACAGCCUCAGGGACGAAUGCACCAGCGGCUAGUACAUCAAAGAGUGCAGGAAGCAGAGUCUCAUGUUCGUUUGCUAUGGCGAUAGGAUUCGUUGCAAUGUGGCUUCUGUGA